GAGUGCGGCCAAUGGCGACGCGGUUGCCAUGGGCACGGGAGGCGGUAGUCAUGGCGGAGGCUGCGAGUGGCGUGGUGCUGAGCGGGGCCGAGAAAGAGAAGCUGCGGGAGAAGCUAGCAUUGCUGAGGAGGGAGUACAGCGAGACCGUCAGCCGGCUGCGGAGGGCGCAGAGAGCCGAGCGGGCCAAGAGCCACGGCGGGAAGGCGGCGGCGGAAGGAACCCGGCGGCCCGGAACGGGGGAGGCCCCGCAGAGCCCCGCAGGCUGUAGUGAUAACGUAUCUCCUGGUGCUGAAAGACAUAAAACAUGUCACCUACAGACUGAAACCUCCUCAGGCCCUGACACAAAAGUGAAAACAUCUGUCACGUUCAAACAUAAUCCUGAGUUCUUCAAUAAUGAAGUUAGCUUGCAGGACAGCUCACAGGCAGAAAGUACACAGGCUAGCCAGGAAAAUGCUUCCUGUGGACUUCCUAUGCUUGCCACUGAGGAGAAAAAAAAACAAACUUCGAAAAGCAUGAUGAAGCUGAGGAGGAGGACAAAGAUUCUGGUGUCAGAGGGAAAGGAAUCAGCGCAUGAUGUGCAUCUCAUCAAUGCUGAUGUAAUGGUGAAAAACCAACCUGCUAGCGUGGAGGAACUUCGGUCACCAGUCUUCAGGCGAAGCAGUUUCUCAAACACUGAGGACAGUGCUCAAAUAGAGUCCAGACCACUGCUCAUGGAGAGACAGGAAAGCAGUUUAACUCCUCCAGGUGCAGAGUUUGGAGUUCCACGGGACAUGCCUGAGGGUAGUAUUCCUCUGGGAGUGUCAGAGCUGUUGCCAUGUGCUCUGGGGUACAGCAGUGAUGUCUGGCAGCCUGAGUCCCCAGGUGCCACAGUCACAUCUGAUAACCGGGAAGCUGCACAGCCAUGUUCAGAGAGUGGUGAAUCUGUUUCACUUGAUGCCAGUGGUAAAAAAGAAUCUUUCAGGACAGUAAAAGAAAGGGACAGCGAGAGCAUGUGUGAAGAUCAGGGAGAAUUACGUAGGCUUUUGGAUUUAAUGUCAGAAAAUGAGGUGUUGCCCACUGAUACAAGUAACAAUGUGAUUAAUGAGAGCAAAAUCCAUGGAGGAAAUCAAAAUGACGCUGGUAGUUUAAAUGCCUUUCCUUCAGAUCUUCCUCUGGAUAAUGCUGAAAAAUUGGUGGAGAAUCAGCAGCUUGAAAUUCAGUCAAGACUUUCUCAUCAAGAGAGGGUUACAACUCCUGAAAGUGCACUGAACUCUUGCACGGUGGUUGAAGGGCUUCCCUUUCCAGUUGAAUACUAUGUCAGGACAACUCGACGCAUGUCUAAUUGCCAGAGAAAAGUGGACCUUGAUGCUGUAAUUCUGAGCCACCUGGGCAGGAGCAAGAAAGGUCAGAGAAGUAAAUGCAAGCAGAAAGAUACAAGCUUGGGUCAGUCCUCUCAGGAAACUGUUGAAAAUCAUUUGGAGUCAGAAGUUGUGCCAUUCCCUUUCCUUUGUGCAGAAAGUGAUCCAGUGAAUUCUAGUCCUCAGAAACAUAUUCUUACAUCCAGUGGUAGCAGCACUUCACCUGGAUCAAUUUCUCAAAACAGCAUCAGAAGCACAAAGCGAGACCAGAGACAAUCACAGAGGAAACAAAAGGGAAAAAGAAAGUCUACCUGCAAACCCCUUCUGAACGAAACAUCACAGGAACUUAUAGAAAGUUUGGAUCUUGGAAUGCCAAGGGAAAGCAGUAGUCUGCUAUCAAAUGAGUAUCAGAGUGAAAAGGAGAACUGUGAGGCUAAUCUUGAAAAAUCAUCUUUGGAUGGGAGACAGUUUUCUGUUGCUGCAGCUCUUGGGUCCGAAUUGACAGGUAUGAUACAGCCAACAAGUACUGAUCCUCCUGGUGGAAGCCAAGUACUUGGCAAAUGCAGCGAGUCUCGUUCAGAACAAGUCCAGAAUCCACUGCAGAAAAGUGACUCUCUGAACCCAGAGAAUGAAACUUUUACCAGCCACACAAGUGAUCUGGAAUGCAACUUAAGCGUGUCUGAUAAACAUCCAGUGAAACAUGUUAAGAAUCAGCAAAUGCAAAGAGCCUGCAGGGCUGAGCAGCUCCUCAUAGUCCCUCUGCGCCGCUCCCUUCGCUCCUCUGCAAGACAGAGAAACAGUCACAUCUCAAAAGGUGAGAACAAAAGAGGACCUGGCCAUCAAGUGGAUUCGGAGGGUCCUGCUUCUCUUGGCCUUGCUGCUAAAGACCCCGAUAUGUCCGGCAAUCUCUUUUCCUUCCGCAGUUUCCAGUGGCUGGUCCCCAAGCUGGAUAUCAAAGACUUCCAUCUACCUGAUGAGGAAUUUGGACUACUAAAACUUGGGAAAUAUGAAUCUUCCCCUGGGAACGACUUGGAGGUUUUUGUUCCUAGUGUGUUUGGAGAUGGUGUGGCUUCAGAGGAUGCACAAACUCUAGAAAUAAAUGCAGAAGAAAAAGAGCUUACAACUAAUCUGCUUUCACCAUUCAAAAAUGGGUUGUCUGAGUUACCUCAUUUGGAAAGCCCAGUUGCCAACGUGGAACUUUCUACAAAUGAAAUGCUAUUUACUCCCAUGGGGACUGUCUUAACUGGUGCUCCUGCUCAGCAUGAGUCUCAGAUUUCCUCAUCUGUUUUUCCUGUCUUGGGUGCAACCCCAGCUGUUUUACCAUCAGUAUGCAGCAAGGUCUUCCCCAAUGCAUGUUCUGUACCUCCUUUGCAAGUGAGCCUGCAUUCCUCCAAAGAAGCACCUGCACAGGUCAAGGAUAGUAGGGAAUGCAAAGACUCUGCCAUUCCACUGCACUUGGACAACUGUGGUGCAGGAUCUGCUAGGAAGGAGGAAGGACAAGGUACAACAUGUCAUUUAGAAGUUGAAAGAUGUCCUAGUAAUAGAUCAGAUGGGGCUGUGGACUUGGAGAAGCAUCAGCAAUCACAAAGCAAACAUGAGGGAUCCAGCAGAGCUUCUCCUGAGCAGAAAAACACGGAAGCAGAACAGUUGACUCCAGUGCUGCUCGAUGGCUUGAGAGAAGAGAACUUGCAGUUCAUUUCAAAGCUAAAGGAUUCUUCAGGUUCUUGUGCUGUGGAUGUGAGCAGUGUGUGGUGGGGAGCAGCCGGCUACAGAGAGUUGUGUGUGGUGACUGCCUGUGAGAGUUCAGUUUCCCUGUGGAAACCUCAGGCACCUGACCACUGGGAGAAGGUCUAUACUUGGCAACUUGGAGAGAUUCCUGUAAUACAGAUCAUUCCUGUGCCAGACACCUGUAACCUUGUGUGUAUAGCACUGGGAAAUUUGGAGAUUGGAGAAAUAAGGCUCUUGCUUUAUUCUUCUGAGAAUGACUCAUUCAAGCAAUCACUAGUGAAAAGUGGGAAUAUAAAAGCUGUUCUUGGGCUAAGAGAUGGGAAGCUGAUCAGCAGCAGCAGAGCCAUGCAAGAGCAGCAAGUGGAAAUAGUAUCACUUUCAGAGACAGGAAGGUGCAAGGACAGACAGACUUUGAUGCCUCCCGAAGAAACUGUUCUGGCUUUUGCUGAAGUAGAAGGAGUGAGAGACGCCUUGGUUGGCACCACUGCAGUAAACAGUGUUGUAGUUUGGAAUUUGAAAACAGGCCAGCUCCUGAAGAAGAUGCACAUUGGCUAUUCCUACCCAGCUUCAAUCUGCCAUCGAGCAUAUUCUGACUCUGGCCUUCUGUUUGUUGUUUUAAGUCAUCCCCAUGCCAAAGAGAGCGAGCUGUGUGGAAACCCCGCGUUCCGUGUGAUCGCGUUCAACCCGAAAACAGCCAGAAGCACCGGGGUGAUGUUCUCCUCCCUCCCACCUGGACACACUGGAAGGUACCUGGAAGGGGAGGUGAAGGACGCCUGGGCUGCAGCCGUGCUGACCUCGGGGGCCAUCGCGGUGUGGGACCUCCUGCUGGGCUGCUGCACCGCGCUGCUGCCGCCGGGCUCGGACAGCCGCUGGACUCUGGUGCGCUGGAGCGCGGCGGGCGCAGGGCUGCUGGCGGGGCGGGCGGACGGCAGCGUCUGUGUGUACCGCUACGCGCGGCGCGGGGCGGUCUGACCGUGCCCCGCUCGGGGCUGCGCGCGGCGUUUGUUGCUGUUAUUAAAGUGCUUCGGUUCGGUGA